UAGGACCCAAUACUUCCACAUUCUUUGGAAAUUAUAUAUUUAUUGGUAAAAAUUCUUUGAAAUAAAACGGAAAUUAAAUACAGUUGAGCUUGAGUAAAUCGAACACCCAUCUGUCAACAAAUAAUGUUCGCGUUGGCAAAAAAGCUUAAAUAAACAUUUUUUUGGAGCGUUCUAAAUAAUUAUUUCCCUCACAUAAGGUUACCAUCAAAUUAUAUCUCACUUUUAAGGGAUUCAGGUUGUAGGACUAAAUUUUCCUUACUUGUAUUUUCUACUGCCCAUAAAGCUUCUUUAACUUCGAGACUUGGAACUUCGAGUUAUAGAAGUUUUACUGUAUGUGUAUAUAUGCGUAUCCAGAUCCCUAAUCUAACAAUCUAUACUUCCGGCAAUAUACAUAUUUUGCUAAGACUAUAAAAAUGGAAUUGAUGCUAGCUCAGCUCAGUCGAUGUCGAGCUUUCAAAUAUAACACAUUCCGCAAUGGUUUUCGCUGCUUUCAAUAUUUUUUGUGUUUUGGCGAUACUUACCCUUCAUAACUAUGGACAAACGAACGGAGAUAAUUGUAAAAAACAAUUUCAUUUACCCAAUGGCAAGAUGACAUCUGAGAAUGGUAUCAUUAAAUACGAAUGCUAUCCCGGCUUCACUCUGCAAGGAAAGGAUAGCAGUGUUCACGUAGGAACACAUCUGGAUUGCGAUGAACGAUUCUGUGCCAAGGCUGGUUGCAAGAAUAUUACAACUCCAAUGGGGGGAAGCAUUACCAUUACCAAACAGACGAAUAUCAAAUGCGACGAAGGAUUCUUUCUUUUCGGAAGUAACGUCACUUACUGCAAUGGAGUGGAGUGGAUCCCUGAAUUGGGAACAUGCCUAAAAAUCACUAACUCGUGCGACUUCGAGAGAGAGGAUAUGUGUGGUUGGAAAGAGCAUAACGACCAGGACCAGUUAUGGAAAUGGAUCAGCUCUGACCCUGAUUUCCACUUCAACAAAGAGGUUCCCCGCCGGGAUCACACUUUCCAGAGCGGCACAAAAGGUCACUUUAUUCGCAUGAAAAUGGACAACAAGCUCUCCGGGGUCAAACACUUUUUAUCCCCCAUCUAUCCCAAGAACCUUACCUUGGGAAACUCCUUGUGCUUUCAGUUUCACAUAUUCAUGUUUAGAACAGAUGUCAAAGACUUGGUGGUAUCAGCGAAACCAGUAUCAAUGACAAUCGAAAAUAUGUUGCAGAAUUUUAAAACAAAUUCCACCAAAUUCAACCUGUGGGGUCAUCGGGCCGACAAGUGGAUUAAGUAUUCGAUCCCUAUCGACGAAAUGGAUGAGGGUUUCCAGGUGGUUUUCACGGUCACGGACCCUGCAUCGCUCCAUGGUGACAUUGUCAUUGACGAUGUGAAAUUAAUGAAAGGAGAGUGUAGGCACAACUCAGUUAACAAAACCACCAAAUCUACUAAGCAACCGACGACCACCAAAAAAACCAUCGAAUCUUCCGUACCAUCGAUGACCACUUACAAAACCACCGAACCUACAAAACCACCGACGAACACUAAUAGGACCAUCGAAUCUUCCGUACCACCGAUGACCACUUACAAAACCACCGAACCUACAAAACCACCGACGAACACUAAUAGGACCAUCGAAUCUUCCGUACCACCGAUGACCACUUACAAAACCACCGAGCCUACAAAACCACCGACGAACACUAAUAGGACCAUCGAAUCUUCCGUACCACCGAUGACCACUUACAAAAUCACCGAACCUACAAAACCGCCGACGAACAGUAAUAGGACCAUCGAAUCUUCCGUACCACCGAUGACCACUUACAAAACCACCGAACCUACAAAACCACCGACGAACAGUAAUAGGACCAUCGAAUCUUCCGUACCACCGAUGACCACUUACAAAACCACCGAACCUACAAAACCACCGACGAACAGUAAUAGGACCAUCGAAUCUUCCGUACCACCGAUGACCACUUACAAAACCACCGAACCUACAAAACCACCGACGAACACUAAUAGGACCAUCGAAUCUUCCGUACCACCGAUGACCACUUACAAAACCACCGAACCUACAAAACCACCGACGAACACUAAUAGGACCAUCGAAUCUUCCGUACCACCGAUGACCACUUACAAAACCACCGAACCUACAAAACCACCAUCGAAAAAGCCCAUUAGAUCUUUCGUACCAUCGACGCCCACUAACAAAACCACCGAAUCUUCUAAGCCACCGACGAUUACUAAGAAUAUCGAACCUUCUGAAACACUGAAGAACACUAACAAAACCACCGAGCCUUUAACGCCACCAACAUAUACAUACGAAACCAACGAAUCUUCUGAACCACCGACGACCACUACCGAAAUUACUGAAGUUACCGAAUAUAGUGAAGCACAAAACAGUACCGAACAGAGUACCCCAAACAGUGGGGAAAAAGUUUCAAGUGAGGUUAGAAAAUAUACCAUUGUCUUUUUUAUUUUGGCAGUUUUUGGCAGAACAUAAGUAAGAAACCUAAACAAAUUAGUGUUAAGUCGCGGGUCAGUAAGGGUU